CAUCUCAUUCUAUGCAAACUGAUAUUUAAAAGAGAAGACAGCAAAACUCAUUGAUCAAGUGACAAAGACAUAUCCAAGCAUGACGGAAAGGAUUCACUUCAAGCUGUUGUUCUGUGUUGUGCUUUUGUUUCUCGCUGUUUCUAGUGGAAAGAAGAGCAAUAUUGGAGUGGAAGCUGGAAGAACAACUUCGGGGUGGCACGAAGAUCAACAUUGUGUGAGCGUUCGUUGCAAAAGUGAUGCGGAUUGCAGUCCACCACAUUACAUUUGUAAUAGGGCAAUAGGUUUCUGCGUCUGCGCAGCAAAAGCACAGGAUGCAGAUUUCCUCGCUUUAUUGCACAAGAGAUUUGGAAAAGAUGAUUAAAAAUAUGAGUCACUAUGAAGAAAAUAUGACUGAGCUAAGUAUUGCCCAAAUCUCUCCUUUUCGGUUACCAAAUUUGAUCCAAUAUUUGAAGUUUUCGCUGAGUAGUUUAAAAUGUCCAAUAGAAUUUACAGUAUGCUACCUAAUUAAUAUAUAAAUAACUGUGUCCUAUUUUCAAAUUUUGAUAAUACGAUCAAGUUGGGGUGAAAAUAAAUUAUAUAAGAUUCGGUGUUGAGCAUGUUCCAGUCACUCGAAAUAUUGACACCAGUCGACAUUCGCUAACUGCUUGAUGUCAUAAAAAAAAUGCUCUUUUCUCGAUGGUCCCGCCUCAAAUAAACUAUCGUUAUUUUCUCUUAUUUGUAUUAUAUAAUUGUUGGCUGAAUAGACUUCAAAUUUGUAU